UCUUUAUUUUACUUUACUUAACUUGAAGGGGGAAAAGGUAAAAAAAAAAAGGGUCCGCGGCGAUCACUCGCAAGCAUGGGCGCCGCUUAGGUUCUCGAUGCGGAAGCGGACCCCCGUCGUGGUGGUUUCCUCGGAGGAGGAGAACGAAGGCGAAUUUCGAGGUCGCGCCACAUCUCCCGGCCGCGGUUCUUCCGGACCGAAGUCAAGGUCGGUGUCUACUGCGAGGAAGAGGCCCCGAGGACAGGGCUCAAGGAAGGGUAAGGGUGCCGCAUCAGCACUUCGGGAGGCGUAUCCGGUUGCAUUUGAUAGUCUUUCUGAAGAGUUUUCUGAGCAUCUUCACAAUUUCAGUAUUACACCAGGGGUUACACAUACAGAGAAGAAAGAACUUUGGAAUGAGAAGCACAAGCCACAUUCCUUGGCAGAGCUUGCUGUCCAUAAAAAAAAGGUUGAAGAAGUCAAAAGAUGGUUGGAAGAGAGGAUGAUGAGAAGAAAGGAAGGAAGAAACAACUGUCUUCUUAUCACUGGUCAAUCUGGAGUUGGAAAAUCUACAGCUAUUCAUGUAAUUGCAUCACUACUUGGAGCUGAGUUGUGUGAAUGGAUGACUCCCACACCUACACUUUGGGGAGAAAAUAUCCAUAAUUCUAAUUCAGGACUACAGUAUGUCUCAAAGUUGGAUGAAUUUGAAAGUUUUGUCGAAAGGAUAAGAAAAUAUUCAUUGCUUCAUCCAGCCUGUUUUGAAGAAAUAAGAAAGCCCCUUAUUCUCUUAAUUGAUGACAUCCCAGUAACAAAUGGAAGAGUUGCUUUUUCCAGAUUAAGGAAGUGUUUAGAAACCCUUACACAUUCAGCACUGGUCCCUACAGUCAUUUUAAUCACUCAGUAUCACAAAAUUGACUCUUGUGACAGUGCUGCAGGGAAUUGGGAGGAACUUGAAUCAUUUAUUGAGCAAGCUGGGGCUUUUAAGGUGGUAUUCAAUCCUAUAACUGAAAAUUCCAUAAAGAAAAGGCUUACUAGAAUUUGCCAAGAAGAGAAGUGUAAUGUUCCUGCAGAAUUGCUACAUCAGAUUGCCAGAUUUAGUGGAGGUGACAUCAGACAUGCCAUAAUAUCUUUACAGUAUUCUUGUCUAAAAAAAGUGGAAUCUUUGCCCAUUCAGGCAUCAACUUUUAAUGGCAGUUCCUGCAAAUUAAAUUCCACUAAUCCUGUUUUAUUGUCAAUUUCACAUUCUGGAUAUGGACAAAUUAAUUCUCAAAUAUCACUGCCAUGGGGGAGAGAUGAAAAAAUUUCUCUGUUUCAUGCAUUGGGGAAAUUCCUUCACAACAAGAGAGAAGAAACAGAUGCUCUUACACUUGCAUCAGAACCAUUUGUUCUGAAAGAGAGAUAUUCAAGGAAGCCAAUGAAAAUGGAUGCUCCUGAGAAAGUUGUUUCACAGGCACAUGGAGAAGCACAGACCGUUUCUGAUUUUCUACAUGAAAAUGUGCUUGAUUUUUUAAGUGAUGAGGCAAUUGAAAAUGCAUCGCUCAUCGCCUCUUAUUUAAGUGAUGCUGACAACAUUCUUGCAAGUAUGACACACCGAAGAUUUCAUCGAAUAACUGAUACAUACGAACCGGACAGUAUUAGACAACAGAUUGUUGCCUCAGUUGCUGUACGUGGUGUAUUAUUCGGAAACUCUUGUCCUUCACCUUCAAGGUGGCAUGCCAUCCGUGCCCCAAAACUUUGGCAGCUUGAACCAUCGUUAGGGCACAAUAAGGUUCGGAUGUUGCUUGAAAGAUUUGAAGCCUACAGUUCGUUUAGUUGUUGCAGCAGUGCUUCCAUAGCCACUGAAUUCAGACCAACAAGUAAAUGGCUCUGUUCAAAGACAUCUUUAUGCGUCAAUAUGCAUGACGAUCUUUCUGAAAUUGAAGAUUACAGUGGUGGUUCAGAUAAAUCAGAGGUUAACAAAGUAGAGGAAAGCGAAGAGGAUGACAUAGAAGAAUGUUAGCUAAUUCUGGAGGCUUUGGAUUGGAAGUCUCAUGGCUUAAAUGAUUGGGUUUUCUUAUACUGAAGCCCUCUGCAAUGCCUUAUAACUCAUGGCAUAUCCGAUUUUGUCAACUGUAAGAACUUCUCGUGGAUUACUCUUUUGCUGCCAUAAUUCCGUCUUUGCAUGCCAUGCGCAGUGAAACUGGAGGAAUUCUUGGAGGAAACAGUAGAUUCUUUCGAAAUAUUAGAGCAAAGUACACGCUAAGUGAAACCCUUAGCAGAAUGACAGAAAGUGUGCCAAUUUCAACUCUGUUCUUCUCUGUCUGUUUUCUGUCAGUUGAUAUAGGAAGAUUUAACUGAAGACUAGUCUGUAGUCCAUUUUUUGGGGGUAUCGUUUUGCUACUCUUGAUAUGAUAACUUCUUGUCUGCUAUUUUGGAUUAAUUAACCACCAUUCAAAA